GCAUGCGCUUUAUGCCCGCUAUUGCUGGCGCGUGCGCGUAUCAGUCUUGGCUGGCCGGCGUAUGUCCGCUGGAUUGUGGGGCCCGGGAUCUGGGCUCCGCGGUGGUGCAGAAAUGCUGUUCCGGCUCGGCGGUCGGUGGCUGCGGCCGCUCCCUGCCCUGCAGCUUUGGGCUAGGGACCCGCCGCUUGCGCCGGUUCCUACGAGCGGCGCCAAGCGCCCCACUCUCCCAGUGUGGGCAGUGGCACCAGUCUCUGCAGUACAUGCGAACGGCUGGUACGAGGCCCUGGCCGCGUCUUCGCCGGUGCGGGUUGCGGAGGAAGUACUGCUCGGCGUGCACGCCGCCACGGGCCUGCCCUGGUGGGGCAGCAUUCUGCUCUCCACCGUGGCCUUACGGGGUGCUGUCACGCUGCCUUUGGCAGCCUACCAGCACUACAUCCUGGCCAAGGUGGAAAAUUUGCAGCCAGAAAUAAAAACUAUUGCCAGGCAUCUUAACCAAGAAGUUGCAGUUCGUGCAAAUCAGUUGGGGUGGUCCAAAAGAGAUGCCAGGCUCACUUAUCUAAAGAAUAUGAGGAGGCUAAUUUCAGAGCUAUAUGUGCGAGAUAACUGCCACCCUUUCAAAGCCACUGUGUUGGUUUGGAUUCAGCUUCCAAUGUGGAUCUUCAUGUCUUUUGCUCUCCGGAAUUUAAGCACGGGGGCAGCACAUUCAGAAGCAGGUUUUUCUGUUCAGGAACAGUUAGCUACUGGUGGAAUUCUGUGGUUUCCUGACCUCACUGCACCGGACUCCACUUGGAUUCUGCCUAUCUCUGUUGGCGUCAUCAAUUUGUUAAUAGUGGAGAUUUGUGCUCUACAAAAAAUUGGAAUGUCUCGUUUUCAGACGUAUAUUACAUACUUUGUCCGUGCAAUGUCGGUGUUGAUGAUACCAAUUGCUGCAACAGUACCCUCAUCAAUUGUUCUCUACUGGUUAUGCUCCAGCUUCGUGGGCCUUUCCCAGAAUUUGCUGCUGCGUUCUCCUGGAUUUCGCCAACUUUGCCGAAUACCAUCGACCAAGUCAGAUUCAGAAACUCCUUAUAAAGACAUAUUUGCUGCCUUUAAUACCAAGUUCAUUUCAAGAAAAUGACAUAUUUUCCAAUAAUUUUGAAACAGUUGCAGGAGUCACUAUCAUCUUAAUGUAUUUAGGCUUAGAAAUUCAGAUGUUACUUGAUUUCCUUUUAUUUAAAAUCAUUAACUUCAUGAAAUAUUGUAGGUUAAGAUGUAAUCCAGACCAGGCACAGUGGCUCAUGCCUGUAAUCCCAGCACUUUGGGAGGUCGAGGUGGGUGGAUCACCUGAGGUCUGGAGUUCGAGACCAGCCUGGCCAACAUGGUGAAACCCUGUCUGUACUAAAAAUAACAAAAAAAUUAGCUGGGCUUAGUGGCAGGUGCCUGUAAUCCCAGCUGCUUGGGAGGCUGAGGCAGGAGAAUCGCUUGAACCUGGAAUACAGAGGUUUCAGUGAGCUGAGAUCACCCCAUUGCUCUCCAGCCUGGACAACAAGAGUGAAACUCUGUCAAAGAAAAAAAAAAGAUGUAAUCCAGAUAUAUUUGACAGUAAUUAAAAUCUUUUAAAUGUUAUAAAUGCAGUAUGUUUGUGAAAGUAUUAGAAUAGAACCAAAGUGCCUGUCUCUGUUUAUAAAGUUACAAUUUGUUAGAGCUACCAGAACUUUGGAGAAUAGGGUUAGCUACUGAAUGAUGGCAAAUUAAACUAAACAAUACUGCAUAUUACUGUUUUGUAAAAUAAGAAGAUCAGUGAGAUGAUGCAUGUUUUUUUUUUUUUUUUGAGAUGGAGUCUCACUGUGUCACCCAGGCUGGAGUGCAGUGGCGCAAUCUCAGCUCACUGCAACCUCCAUCUCCCGGAUUCCAGCGAUUUUCCUGCCUCAGCCUCCAAGUAUCUGGGAUUGCAGGUGCACACCACCACGCCCAGCUAAUUUUUGUAUUUUUAGUAGAGAUGGGGUUUCACCAUGUUGGGCAGGCUGGUCUGGAACUGCUGACCUCAAUUAAUCCACCCGCCUUGGCCUCCCAUAGUGCUGGGAUUACAGGCAUGAGCCACCUCACCCAGCAUUUUUUUUUUUUAAUUUUUUUAAUGAGACAGAGUCUCUCUCUGUCACCUAGGCUGGAGUGCAGUGGCACGAUCUCGGCUCACUGCAACCUCUGCCUCCCGUGUUCAAGCAAUUCUCCUACCUCAGCCUCCUGAGUAGCUGGGACUACAGGGGUGCACCACCAUGCCCGGCUAAGUUUUGUAUUUUUAGUAGAGAUGGGGUUUCACCAUGUUGGCUAGGCUGGUCUUGAACUCCUGGCCUCAAGUGAUCUGCCCACCUUGGCCUCCCAAAGUGCUGGGAUUACAGGUGUGAGCCACUGUGCCCGGCUGAGAUGUUUCUUAUUACUUUGGAGGUGGAGAGGAUUUGAGACCUCUUUGAGCAUCUGAAAAAAGGCUAUAUAUGUAUGGUUUUCUCUUCAGAAAAAUCUUAAGACUCACAAUACGGGGACUUCCUUGUUACCAGGAAGAUUUUCUGGCAAUUCCUAGUUAAUAAAUCUUAUUCUAAUGGAACAUACAUUGAUCUUGAGUUAAUGCGUGGUUGAAAAAGAAAAGGUGGGGGGCAACUUGAAAUAUAUGCAGUAAAGUAGUCCAUGCAUACAAGUCCCUAACAUGGUAGAUGAGGUUGCCUCCUGGCCCUGCUCAGAAAGAAUACAAAAAGUGUACAUUCCUUUUUCUAUAAUUUAAGAAGUUUGGAAUACAGAGUGUAACACUGUGUACUGCUAGCACCCAAAGUGGAAAAUCUUAAGCAUUCAGUUUGUUUAGUCAAAGAAGAAAACCAGAAGGGCAGUUGCCUAUUGAGGUGAUUUUAAACCUGUUUAUUUGUAAGGAUUAAGUACCCUAAUAGGCUUAAACUAUGAUAGAGGUUUAAUACAGGAAAAAUUGACAGGUAUUAUAAAUUGUGGAUCCAGUUACUUGCUUAUUUAAUUUGUAAAGAGGUAAAAUUAGCUCUGGUUGAGAUAUCAAGUAUGGCAGGUAUUUGAGAAGGCUAUAAAUCAUAAUUUUCAUUUAGUUAAAAUAUGGACCUGAUUCUGGGAAACCGUAUCAUUCCAUCUCAAUGUUUUACAAUAAAAUAAAAACUAAAGUGAAAUUCAUUAGUCAUUUCUUUGAUUGAUGUCUCUUAAAUUUUAGUUCACCUGCUUAAUGAAGUUAUGACAUUUUUUAAUAGAAAAAAUGUACAGCAUACAGAGGUAAGAAUUCUCCUUCCCUGAGAAUUUAUUUUAGACAUAGAUGGUGGCAAUUAAGACUAGGUUCUUUUUUCAUACAAGUUCCUAGUCCUGGUUUCUGACUGUCCUAUUGGGGCAAUUGUGCUUUCCAACCACAUUGAAGGAAUUGAAACAUCCUCAUUAUUUGUGGAUUUUAUAUUUGUAAAUUUGCCUCCUUGCUCAAAUCUAUCCAUAACCCCAGAACCAGUAUUUGCACAAGUGCUUUUGAGCCAUUUGUAGGCAAAAAUGUGAGUCACCUCCCAACAGAAGUCAAACAAAUGGUACUCUGCCUUUUAGUUUCAGCUCUCAUACCGUAAACAUGUAUCCUUUUUGAGUCUACUUAGUCCCAUCUCUUCCUAAUUUCUGUUCUUUUUGUUGGUGAUUUUACUGUUUAAAAUGGCCUCCAAAUGCCCUGCUGGAGUGCUUUCUGAUGUUCCUAAGCUCAGGAAGGCUGUGAUGUGCCUUAAGGAGAAAAUAAGUGUGUUAGAUAAGCUUCAUUCAUGCACAAGUUAUAAUGCUGUUGGCAGAGAGUUCAGUGUUACUGAAUCAACAAUAUGUUGCAUUGAUCUGUUGACAAAAACAAAGCUUGCAAAAACCUAAUCCUGUAUGUUUUCUAGGAGCAGUGGUUUGGUAUUCACUACUUCAGUGUUUGUGGACUUUAUGGAACAUAAGUACCACAAAUAAUGCAAAUUGACUAUAUUUGCAGCAUGUACAAUCAAGGAUGCAGAGGCAGAAAUGUGUGUGCAGCUUAGGUCAUAGUAAAGAGGAAAGAAUUUGAGGAAAAUUUUGCCAGUUACAUAUUACCUCUGGAAUAACUUUGCCUUUGCCAUGUGUGUUACUGUGUACUCACUCAGAUAUUUUUCUCAUAAUGGCAUGAGGGAAAUCAGUCUCCUUUUCCCAUUGUGUUUGUUACUUUUGCUGAGACGCAAAAAAUAACGUGCUAUGAUUUUGUGAAAUAUGUAUUUGGUCUUUAUCCCCAAUCCCUGACAUCCAGCGGAAUCUGCAGAGUUAAGUGUCUUUUGUAUGCUCGUGUGAUGACUGGUGGCUGGGGGCCCCUAGAAAGUUUCAGGAUGGGGCAGAUCCUUGUGGCCAGGAGUUCCAGAUCAGCCUGGGCAACAUAGUGAGACCUUGUCUGUACAAAAAAGAAAGUAGGAAAAAACAUCUUUGGUUUUUCCUAUCUCCAGAUACUUCCUUUUCAAAUAAAUGAAUCUUCUUUCAUGUGCAUAA